UUUCAGUGGUUGCUCUGACUUAGAAAAAUCACCAGACUUAUCAAAUCUCCCAAGUCUUGAAGAGUUGAUAUUGGAAUGGUGUGAGAGUUUGUCCGAGAUUCACCCCUCCAUUGGUCAUCUUAAAAAACUUUCUUUGGUGAACCUCACAGGCUGCAAGAAUCUUAUUUCUCUUCCUGGGGAUUUCUACAGGUCCAAAUCCGUUCAGACUCUUGUUCUUGAUUUUUUGUGGGCAAUUCAGUGAACUGUCCGAGGAUUUAGGGAAUAUGAUAUCAUUGAGAGUACUUAAAGCAUAUGAGACAGCCAUAAGACAAGUACCGCGUUCCACAGUAAGAUUGAAGAAUCUCACUCAUUUAUCUCUAGGAUUGACGAAUCUCACUCAUUUGCAAUUUCCCGAUUCGUUACUCAGCUUAGACUUUUUAAGAAAUUUAGAUCUCUCAUCUAAUGAUUUUCAUACCCUACCCAGCCUCAGUGGUCUUUCAAAGCUUGAAAAUUUGUGGUUAGGUUACUGCCAUAACCUUCAUACAAUCUAUGGUUUACCAACAAAUUUGAAAUUUCUGGAUGCGUCUCGUUGCUAUCGUUUGAUAACAAUGCCAAAUUUUUCGAAAAUGUCGAAUAUAAGAGAGCUAAAUGUACGUGAUUCACAUGCACUCACUGAGGUUCCAGACUUGGAUAAGUCAUUAAACUCCAUGACAUGGAUUGAUAUGACGUAUUGCGCCGAACUCACCGCUGAUUUUAUGAGGAAAGUCCUAAAGGGAUGGACUUCUUGCGGAUAUGGUGGCAUUUUUCUCAAUGGGAAUUAUGUUCCUGAUUGGUUCGAGUUUGUCAACGAUGGUAAUAAAAUCACUUUUGAUAUCCCCCCGAGUGAUGGUUGUAAUUUUGAAGGGCUGACUCUGUUAUGCUUUUAUUGCUCAAGUCCUUCUCAGUUCGGCCCUUAUAUCAGAUGUAAAGAUAGUCAUCCUCUUGCCAGGAUUGAUAUAAAUAAUACCAAGCGUACUGAGUUGCGGACCUGCAUAAGCAAGGAAGAUUGGGUUAUAAAAAUGCGCGAUUGUUACGCCAAAAAAAGAAAAAACCUCAUGCGCGAUGUUGUAUAUAAAGAAUGUUUUCUUUGGCAGGGACAAAUAUCGAACGAUAAGCUCAAUUUGCAAAGCGGGGAUACAGUUGAUAUAACUUUUGAAAUGCCAGAGCCAUACGUUACAUUAGAUAAUGUGACAAUUAAGGGAACAGGGGUUAAUCUAGUAUGGGACAAACCUAUGAAGGAAAAUGAGCACGAUUUUGAUGGUGAUGGUGGGUUUUUGAUCCAGAGGCACAACCAAGGUGGUGAUGCAUCGUCAUCAUCACAUGUUUGAGUCAGAUCACAAUCAAUAAAUUUCAACUUUUUCGAUUUUUGAGUCACUCUCAUAAGAGGGACGAGCGACCCAAAUUCUGAGCAAAUCCCCUCGCCUUCUCCGCACCUUUGGCGUCGCCGUCAUCACCCUCGGUCGCCCCCCGAGCUCUCAACGCCAUAAACCUAGAUUUGGAUGUGAAAUACAAGAGCUAUCUGGAUGAAUGGGAAUCUGACCCAAAUGUGAAGUGUGUUCUUGUUGAUAGCCGCUCGGCUCGUGCCUUUUGUGGCAGUAACGCCCAGAACUCGUAUUUGAAUAGUUUCUUAUCUUUCCUGGCAAUUUUACACUUCCAUUUUAGCAUGUAGUUGAAUAAGUUUUUCUAGAUAUGUAUGUUCAGCUCUUUUGGCAGUUAUUUUGGUUUUUGGGUCUCUUAGGUAAGGUUUUGAGAGUGACCAAUCAUGGUAAAUGCAGGUAAGGAUAUUAAAGUUGUUGUUGCCGAAAUUCAAAAGGACAAAAAAGAAAAAAAAAGAACAAGGCACUGCCUAAAGAUGAGACAUCUAACAGACGAGUUUCUGUUGUGAACCUAUUGUAGUCAUUUGGUCUUGCAGUUUUAGUUAUCAAUUCAAUUCCUCCAUUGCUAAUAUUACUGUCUCCAUUAAGCGUCUUCAUUGAAUAUUUCUACUAAAUUUUUCAGGCUGAAGAGGAUGACGAGAAUAUUAGUGGUGAAUUGUAUUCCAGUUUAAUUAGGGGGAGAACAUCCAGACAAAGGAUUUGAUUGAGCAACAGGUGCAUCAACCAUAUAUUAUUACUACAACUGUACGAGGCCUUAGCGUUACAAGAGCAAUUCUUGGAGUUGCAAUCUUACCAGCUACGAAAAGCAAAGUUAUUGAGAAAAUCUGGAGAGAAGGGCCUCCUAAAUUAUUGUGGCCACCAGAAGAUAGUUUUGGGUUGUCGGAGGAAGAACUUAGUUGGUUGAUAUUUUGAGGUUCUGAUGAAUUCUUCAUUUAGAGUUGGUGACCAACAAUCGACCCACCACCAAUUUUAGAUCACGAUUCGAGCAUGCCUUAAAAGUAAAGCUUGCAUUCAAGUUUGGAUCUUUGAGUAGGACUUUAGGAUUAAAGGCUGAAUUAUUGUAAGUAUG